CCACCAACGGUCCCGUUCCACCUCGCAACAGCACCGAGCUACAACGACGGCGGGAAGUUGUUAACAUCAAUUUAACCUCAAAUCAGCGACAAUUAAGCGGACGAAAUUGUUAACGAUCAUCAUUUCACGAUAUAAUAUUGAUGGGUCUGUAAUCGGAAAUACGCUAACUGUACAGUAAGCUUAGCGGCGUGGGAUUCAGCUAACAUGGCUAAUGUCGGAAACCAGCUACCAACACAGGCCGUUAGCAAGCCUCCACCAGGAAAACAUGGAAAUGUAUUGCCUCUGUGGGGCAACGAGAAGACCAUGAACCUCAACCCAAUGAUCCUUACGAAUGUACUGUCUUCGCCGUAUUUCAAAGUUCAGCUUUAUGAACUUAAGACGUACCAUGAAGUUGUGGACGAAAUCUACUUCAAGGUGACCCAUGCUGAACCUUGGGAAAAAGGCAGCAGAAAGACCGCGGGUCAGACUGGAAUGUGCGGAGGGGUGCGUGGAGUUGGGACUGGUGGUAUUGUGUCCACUGCUUUCUGUCUUCUAUACAAACUGUUUACUCUCAAGUUGACUCGCAAACAGCUGAUGGGUCUGAUCACUCAUACAGACUCUCCAUACAUCAGAACGCUUGGAUUCAUGUACAUAAGAUACACUCAGCCCCCGGCAGAUUUGAUAGAAUGGUACGACGGUUUCCUGGAUGAUGAGGAGGAGCUCGAUGUGAAGGCAGGAGGUGGCUGUGUCAUGACCGUUGGGGAGAUGUUGCGCUCCUUCUUGACCAAACUGGAGUGGUUCUCCACUCUGUUCCCCCGAAUCCCAGUGCCUGUGCAGAAGUUCAUUGACCAGCAGAUGAAGGCGAGGCCUCGUAAGGUUGUUCAGAAGGAGCCGCAGGAGGAGGAGGAACCCGCAGAGCCGGAAGCAGAGGCAGGGAGGCCAGGGGAACGACGCCAGUCAAGGACUCCCAGGCGGACACCGAGCCCCAAGCGGUCACCCAAACGUUCACCCAAGCGGUCACCAAAACGUUCACCCAAACGGUCACCCAAGCGGUCAAGGAGCAGGAGCCACCACCGCGAGAAAGAACGCCACGGCCCCAGCUUUGACCGAGAGCUGGAGAGGGAGCGUGACCGCCAGAAGAAGGAGAGGGACGGCAGGGGGGACAGGGACCUGGAUAGGGACAGAGGGGAGAGGGGGGACAGGGAGAGACGGCGGUCCCGCAGUGCAGACAGGAACCAAGACCGUAGGGAACGUAGGCGAAUCCGCAGUGGCAGCCGGGACCGAAAAAACGAACGCAGAGACAAAGAAAGAGACGGCGGGGAAGACAAGAGCAGGAAGAAGGACAGGGAACGACAAAAAGACAGAGGCGCAGAGAAGGAGAGGUCCAAGGACAAAAAGAGCAGGGGAGAGACCGACGACAAGAAGCAUAAAGAGGACAGGGAGAGGCACAGAGAAGAGAGGAAGGCCAAAAAGUUGAGUCGGAGUCGAAGCAGGGAGAGGAAGCACAAAAGUGGGGGAGAAGAGAAGAGCAGGAAAGGAGAGCUCAGCCACAGCAGAGAUAGAGACAGGGAGAGAGACGGAGAGCAGCGUUCUCACAAACGUAGUGGUAGCAAAGAGAGGAGCCAUCAUCAGCGAGAGUCCAGUAAUGACCUUAGUAAACAUAGGAGUCACAGCACUGAGUAAAUGUCGCCCCCACCCCCCCCAGCAAUAUUACUUCUUCUACUCCCGUGUUUACCAUCCUUUUUUUCUACCCAGCUGUCUGUCACUUGUGCUAAAGAGAAGGAAUGUCAGCACAUUGACAUCUGCAGUUGUCGUCUUUGGCCGAUGUAAUGUUGCUUUACUUUUAUGUUUUUUUUGCCUUCUCCUCCCCCCAUCAGAACAGUUGGUCUUCACAGUUUGAAAAGUGGCAAAAAUUUAAUUUUCUAUGGUGCGCUCGUUUGCCCUGUGAAGAUGUGGGUGUGUACAUACUGUUUUGGAGGCUGUCUACACACGAUGAAAGUGCUGAGUUGCCUUUCUUGCUGGGUCGAGUGCAGUCGCUGCUGGAAGCUCAGCUCAACACUGUCAUGAUUUAUGUAAUGUAUAAAGAAUUAUUUUCAGGCGAUACAGAGGCCAAAACAUAUUUUUUAAAUUUGACUGAUAUCACAGUGCAUAUAUUUGGACUUUCUUCAUAUUUAAGCGUCUCGUUCAGUUGUAUUCUGAACAUGCUUUGAAGGGUCACAAGUGACGGGUUGAAGUACAAAUUUGAGCGUAGCAGCAAUGUGGAACGAUGGCUCAGCAAAAAGCAAUUCUGUCCAUGGUGGUGUGUAGACAGCACGAGAAUGUUUUAAUCCUCGAAUGAGCAGUCUGCAAAGGGUGAUUUUGUACGACUCACACACUGAGCCCUGCCUGUGCUGUGUUUGGGUUAUUGCUCUGUUGCAUUUUGUUUUCUAAUAAAACACUUUUACAAACAA